AUCUGCGCAGGCGCGCGGGCGCCACGUGGACCCCCCCCCCACAUUCCCAGGAUGCUGCCCUGGAAUUCCCAGGCUCUGCUGUUCCUCUGUGCCGGGAUUUUGGGGGGGCUGGGCCUCGCUGCCCCCCCUGAGAAGGAGGAGCUGUGGGAGACCUGGAUGAGGUUGGUGGCGCUGGAUGAGACCCCCGUGGUCCUGGAGGACGUCGCCCAGCGGAUGGGGAAUGGGAGCAGCCAGGGGGCCGCAGGGCUCCGGGAAGGACACCGGGUUGUCCCAUCCCACCUCCACCAGGAGCAGGAAAGACCUCGGGAUGUUCAUCCCCGGCGAGGGAAUGACCUGCUCCUCCAGCAGGUGAUGGAGAAGCUGCAGAGGCUCAACCAGAGCCUGGAGCUGAUGCUGGAGGCCUUGGAGGACGCGCGGAGCCGGCUGGAAAACCACCUGGAGCACCUCCAGGCCGUUCCCAGCCCGGAUGGUCAGAGCCCGGGUGCCACCUCCACCCUCGUCCCACACGGCUCCUUCUCGGCGCUGCUGGUUCUUCUCCUGGUGCCGGCGCCGCUCCGGGUGAUCCUCCUGCUCCUCGUCCUGGUUUCCAGCGCCCUCGGAAUGCCGGAGCUCUCCGCCCUCCUGGUCCUUGCUGUGGCAGGACGGUGGCUGGUGGCAUCCAGAGGGAUCCGGCCGGGGUUUUCCCGGGAAAAAGGCCAUCACCGGCUCACCUCCACCCCGGAGAGGGAAUGCGACCUGGAGCUGCUGCAGGAGGAGCUGGACAGGCUGCAGAUGAGCUGCGUGCGAGAGCCCUCGAACCCGGAGCAGCCCCAGGAGGUGGCCGAGGACGUUCCUGGCUCCGUGGGAUGGGAGUCACCCAUUCCUGGUGGCCACAAGAUGAGGCAGAGCUCGGAAUCACAGGAUGGAUCGGAAGGGACUCCUUAA